AUGAUGGCUACGGAGCUGGCGGACCAGUGCCCUGACAUUGGUGCUCCCAUGGAGAAGAACAUUCCGCAUACUCGAGCUUCAUUUAAAAUUCAGGAUGUGAUACCGAAGUCGCAUUUGGCCUCCUUCAAGCUUACUGAGAAGGAGAUGAGGCUUAUUAAACCGGAAGACAUUGAGGAGAGUGAAAGGAUGCUAGCAGAAAAGAAAGGAACUCGGAAUCGACUUGGACAAAUCGUUUCUAAAGCACUGGAUGAUGCAAAAAGGUCUGUUCCUAGAUUGAGCAAUGCUCUUCAAAUUCUAUAUAAAAUAGCGUAA